AACAACUUAAAGAUAAGGAAAAAUCAGUUAACAUUCGUUGUGUACCGAGACCUUAGACAACUAUAUGCCUUUUGGCGCUGUAUUCUACCUUCCCGCAACAAGCGGUUAGCACGACUGUCAUUAUAGUAAUUUAUCAGCAAUAAGCAAUACGGUAAGAUAAAAACGACCUUUGAUUCAAAAUUGUUAACUGAUUCGCUGAGCCACUACCUUUGAUUAGGCAGUUACGGUUAGUUAGAAGCUAGUUGAGCUGAGAAUUUAUACGUAUCUCAAUCUUCCUAUCUUGGAGUUUUCCCAAAAAUCCAAUGGUCUUCCCCAAAGUUUCGGGAAAUGACACAAACCCACCGAAAUUUCCGCAAAACGAAUAACGCAUUUCUCGUUUACUACUUUUAGGGAGGCUGAGUUAUCUUUUUUAAAGUGAUUGUUUACAGGUGUUGUUAGCUAAACAACAGUGGUUUAGACCACUGUUUUUCGUUUAUUUAUUCACUAUUGAUAAUUUUGGUAAUAUUUUUGAACUUUUAUUGUUCUCUGUAAAGUUAUUUUUUUGGAUGCUUUAUUGUGACAGGGUUACGGAUCUGUUUUAAAUAUGGCGGAGAAUCUAAGUACUAUUCUUUCUGAAAUCACUACUUGCAAAUCACCAAAAGAAGCUACUGAAAAGUUUGUUGCAAAAUAAACUAAAAAUUUUGAUUUUCUUGCAGGUUUUCAAACUUGCUCAAAUCUCUUCCUCAGUCUUCCGAUAGUUUACUAGCUGAUAUAACUACAAUCGUCAACACAAGUAGUAACAUUUUACCUAUUAUUGGUUACAGUUUCUCAGGAUAUGGUGACAGUUAUAGCGGCCAGGAAGUUUUGUGAUGAACUUAUAAACUUUGUGAAUCAAGUUCCUGAUAAUUCUUUAGCGAUUAGUGCAUUGCAAAUUCUACUUUCUCGAAUGCAGUCAAGAAAUAUUGCUUUUGAAUCUCAAUUGGUUGAACUACGUGAUUCACUGUCUAAGCGAUUAGAAGCUGUGGGAAACCUUCGUGAAGCCGCUACUGUUUUGUCUGAUAUACCAUUAGAGAGUGGACAACGUUUGGUGUUUAAUGUAGAUGCUCGUUUCUCUGAACUGGACAGAUGUAUGUAUGAAUAUAAAUUCAUUCAAAAGUGUUUUGUAGUUAAACAAUCUAAAUUGGUCAGGUGAUACGAUGUAGUAGGAUAUAAUAUUAAAGACGAUGGCUUUUUUGUUUCUGUUUGAACGAUAAACUUAGUGUUUUGCAUACAUAAACCACUAUUCAUACAAGUAGAUUGAACUUUUUGUUUCUUCCUUAUCCUGGUUUUGUACAUACAGAAAUUUAAAUCCUAGUUUCUCACUACUGUCAAUUUAUCAUGGUUUCAUUGAUUUUGAAACCGAUUGCUUUUGAUUACAAGUGUAGUUUUUAUCUUUCUUAGCUUCCAUAUUUGCACAUUAUCUUACUGGAAUAUUGUUAUUUAACUUGUUUCGGAUCUUAAUUACCUCAAGUGGUGUCCGGCAAAACUGUCCACUAUCUCCAUUUUCGUUCAUUUUCAUCAGAAACUUACUGCUGGAAAUAACGUCCUUGUCGACUGGAUUUUCGGGGAUUGAUCCCCUACCAAGAGGUCCACUUAUUGACUUGGAGUACGCAGGUGAUAUAAUCCUGUAUGGUGAAGAUGCUGAUAAAAUACAGUCUUUUUGUAGCGUUGAGAAACUUUCAGAAUGUUUGGGAUGCGUUUCUACCCCUCCAAAUGCAAGUUGUUGCUUCAAGACUGGCCUGCGUUAACACCUGAAAUAAGGAUAGGGAGUGAAGCAGUCGAACGCGUCGAUAACUCCACUUAUCUUGGAAGUCUGAACAACUGUAAUGUGUUGUUGUCCGACCAAAUUUCUAUACGGAUUCAAAAAGCUCGUUUGGCUUUUGCCAACUUAAGUCACCUAUAGUGGAGGUGAGAUAUCCGUCUAUCAAUUAAGGGAUGAGUAUACUGCGCAGCAGUUCGUUUUGGCUUUACGAUUACGAAACGUGGCCAUUAAAGGUAGAGGGUACUCGUAAGUUACUAGUAUUUGAUUACAGAUGUCGUAGAAAUAAUGCUCGCAUCUUCUGGGAUCGCCGGGUAAGUAAUAGUGAGGUUAGACGCAUAGUAUUAGGGAAUGAUGGUAAAUCAGUUGACAACGUUGUGUAUCUUCAUCGACUGAGAUGGUUGGGCCACGUAUUGCGUAUGUCCAACAACCGACUACCACUACGUACAGUGCUGGAGACGGUUAGGGCGGUCAAUCCAAAUGUGGCAUCAAUCCACAAAGUCACUAACUUCUGGUUUAAGUCAUGUUGGUAGAUGCAGACUACUUGGUUGGGGUCCGCGUGACUAUCAUAACCAAUGGUUAGAGACUGAGUGACAUGGCUCAGAAUCGAUCACAAUGGCGUGCGUGUAUACACUCUUUAUCCUCCUUUAAACUGUGAGAUUAAAGUUGCUUUAUACUUUUCUUUCUAUGGAAUCCAGUGUCCAUCUUGUUGUGUUAAUGAGGUAUGGCAACUUGGACCGAUGCAUAUAUGUGCCUGGUCCUACGUUGUAGCUGACUGACUUCUAUCGACUAAUUCUUCCUCCCUGUAUCAUAUCGUUGUAUGAAAUCAUUUUUUGCAAUCACUGACGUAACUGCCUCUAUGAAUUUGAUUAUCUUGGUGUACUAAGGAGUACUGACAACUUGGACCGAUGAAUAUAUGUGCCUGGUCCUGGUUGUAGCUGACUGACUGACUUCAUUUAUUUACUAACAUAUAAUUAUCAUUAGACUUUAACUCCUGACUCUUCGGCCAGAAAAUUUCUGCGUCUUUCGCUAUUGGUUGUUCUUUUUUUAACUUCUGUUUAUUCAUCUGAAAUUGUAACUAAUCUAUAAAUUUUCAUAAUCGAAUCCCAUCAAAACAAGAUCUGUUUGAGAAACUAAAUUGUUGGAUCCAUUUGUGAAAAACGGGCGGUUUACAACGACUAACUGCAAUGUACAAGGUUUUUUGAAAUUUGUAUAUACUUAACAGCCUUAGUGUUCUUUAUUUUCAAAAAUUCCUUGCGAAGAUAUUUAGUCAUUAAACUUGUCAAAUAUAUUUGUAAUAUUCCCAUAUUGUAAAUUUAGAACAACAUAUAUAAGCGAACAAUAUUGUUUUCGAUUAGAUCCUCAUCAGGCUUUACUCUAAUAUACAGUAAUAUUUAUAUGCAACAUAUACGAAAUUAUUAAACCAAUCAAGGUAGUUUAUAAGUCAAUGAUAACAAUGGAAAAGAUUACAUAAUAAGUAAAAUGUGAAAAGUACAAAUUGAUGGUGUGACAACAGGUGCAUUAGUUUUUGAUAAGCAAUAAUAAUAAAGGUUCAAAUCAAUGUUACAUAAUCUGAAAUAGGUCAAUGAUUAGAAAAAUAUAGAAACUGAGAUAACAAUUAUAAAAUUAUAAUCAGAAU